AUGGGGUCCUCAAUGGACCAGCCUCUUCAGCCUGCGGGCGGGAAGGAAAACGAUACUUUGAACAGUAGCCUCGACGUGGAUGAUCCCCAGCUUUGUUUUCUCUACCUGCUCGCCUUUCUCGACCGCACCAACAUUGGAAACGCCAAAAUUGCCGGCCUGUCUGACUCGCUGGGGAUGAGCGGGCCGCAGUAUAAUCUGGCGUUGACCAUCUUCUUUGUUUCGUAUGCGGUGUUUGAACCGCUGACCAAUGUGCUUCUCAAGUCGUGGAGGCCCUCGCGAUUUAUCCCUGUUAUUGUUAUCUUCUGGGGCCUGUCCAUGUUGGGGAUGGGGUUCGUCACGAACUGGUCAGGCCUCAUGGCGGCGCGAUGGUUUCUAGGUCUUACCGAGGCGGGCUUAUUUCCCGGAAUCAACUACUACCUUUCGUGUUGGUUUCUCUCGGAAGAAGAGCGUGCCCGGGUGCUCCGACGACUUCAAGACGAUGGCCAAAGGACGGCGGACACAGAACAGUACAAGUCGGCAUACCUGUGGGCGGCGUUGCGGGAUUGGAAGACGUGGCUGAGCAUGGUGAUUUACAUGGGGUGCGACAUGCCGCUCUAUGCCUUUAGCUUGUUCCUGCCUAGCAUCAUCAAGUCACUAGGCUGGAACACGUCGGUCGUUCGAGCCCAGCUCCUUAGCGCGGCUCCAUACGUCGCGGCGGCCGGGCUCACGGUCGGGGUGGGGUACAUCGCGGAUAGGACGAGAAAGAGAGGGCUAUGCAACCUCGCAGCGUCGGCGCUCGGGAUCGUGGGCUUCGCGAUGCUGCUCGGCAGCGGGGACCCGGCGGUCAAGUAUGCGGCUACCUUUUAG